ACUGUUAGUUUCUUUUCAGUUGAUUGUGCCAAACGAGACAUGUUUCUCUUUAACGGCUGAAGAAACUGCUGCGAUUAACUGUCCUGUGGGAGGGAUUUAAAUUCAAGAAGCUUUGACUUGACGGAAUUAUGGACUCUAGAAACACUCCAAACACUGGCAAGCCACCGGCAGGAAAGUCCAGACCAAAUCUGGCACGCUUCAAUUCCUUGUCUUUCAUUCACGACUACAAAUUAGCGUCUGAAAUGUUUGCUGGAAAUGAGAAACUUUUCAAACAGGCGUUUUUCAACGCGGCUGCCAAUAUUUUCGUGCUUCUUGCCAUAUUAGCUUCAAUUGCUGUAUUUUUUGUACUGGAAGUCUUUCUUAGACCUUUGCUUUGGGCAACUUUAACCGGAUCGUUUCUCUACCCAUUCAAAAAAGCAGCUACUGGUGCUGUGCAAAGAUGGCUGAAAUCUUUGACCCAGUCCGGAACGCCACUGUUUAUUGGUUUACUUCUGCUGCCGUUCAAUUUUGUAAAUUACUUGUCAGAUUUAAUCGGAAUUUUCAUUUCGAAGAAAUUUUACCUCUUUGUCAUCGCUUUUCUCUCUUACCCAUUGCUGUAUUUAGUUUUUGCCUGGACACCUGUUAGGUUGUUUUGCAAAAUGAUUGCCUGGUUUAUAAACUCUAUGUUGCGUUUACAUGGAGGCAUAGCAUCUUUUUGGUGUCGCUUUGUAGCGCCUUACUUUUGGACCAUCUACGUGGCUUAUUUCAUCCUGGCUUUUUUCUACUCCACUCAAGAUAACACUGCAGUUUUGAAGCGUAUCUCAGUUGUAGUUUGGGCUCUGUUAGUGUAUCACCUGUUGAUUACGUCAUCGAGUGUGGUGGUUCUGGGCUUGUUGAUGUUGACUGUAAUAGCUGUGGCUGGCUACAUACAGAACUCGCUGAAGGACCCACAGCGUAAGAAGUCCAUGGUCAAGUUUGAGCGGCAGUCAGUUCCAGUACCACUGGUUUCUUUGAACGAGUCAUCGCAGGAAGUGCCAGACUACAAGCCAGAAGAUGAGGGGGAUGGAGGAGGGGGAGGGGGAGGGGCUACUAAUGCAGCAGGUGCAGAUUGUGGCCAUGAGCAGAGGGUGACGGAGAGUGUGGAGAGUGUAAAUGAAGUGUCAGAUCAACAGAGUGUCAACAGCAAUGAGUCACUACAAGACAUCUCGAACACAAUGACGGACUAUGUGCAGAAGAGUGUGACUUGGCUGAGGAUGUACUCCCAACAGGUGUUCGAACACACAGAUCCCGCCUCCACUCACGCUUCCACUGAUGGGGCAACCAGCAAAGAUCUAAAUACUACCGCCCAAUCUGGCAGUGGUAGGAAACAAGAUGGGCAUGGUGACAUGAAUGACCUGAUAGUGUCCUUCGGGUUCUACUCUCUCUUCUGGUCUAUCCUCAUGAUCCAGACCCUGAAGCACCUCUGGAUCCUGCCUGUGUUGUUCAUUCCCAUCACUCUCUUCGUCAUCAAGAGGUCCUUCUUCCUGUUCAAGCUGGACCACCUUCUCAAGCCAUACUUCAGCACCGCAAAGGACAAAGUGAUGGAGAACCAGCACAUCUUGAUGCCAUCCUUCCUCAAACAGAUGAUCCACUUCUACCUGUUAGGCGACAAAAAGGUCAUCAAAGUUCUCAAGGGGUCAAUCGGGGUUGUGGUCACAGUACUCCUAGUCAGUCUACUGCUGGUCGGAUCCAUAGUGCUGUCCUUUCUACUGGCUGCCCAGAUCCAAGAGGAGGGAAUGGCUAUAGUGGAGAUUGGAACCACUCUGGCACACGAGGCAUCCUCCAUGUAUCCGGAGUUCAGAACAGUCCUACCUAACAGCACAGACAUUCAGUCGAGUCUAACGAUGGUGGUGGAGAGAGCCUAUGGAUACAGCAGGGGUCUGAUAGAGAACUGGAUCACCUCGUAUUUGGUGCCUGGAGGGGAGAGUGACGAGAAGAGUGAGGAGAUCACGAAUCAACUGCUCAAGAUCUACGAUGAGUUGUAUCUGCAGUUGUGGGUCAACAGGAACCAGACUUCGAACCAGAGCAUAGCAGAGGUGUUCAGCUCAGUCAAAUCUCUCUACGAAGAAACAGCAGAGGGUGGAAUGGACUCAUCCUUAGUAAACGGAGAAGGAUUCCUGAAGGCGUUCAAGUCCCACGGAUCCGAUCUGUUCUACUCGGUCUAUGACGUCAUCCACGGCAACUUCGACACUCUUCGCUCAAUCUCUCUUUCGGUCUGGAGCAUACUCCACAGCAAUAUCAAUAUAGUGUUCUCCGUGCUGACUUCUCUGAUCUGGGUAAUUCUGUCCAGUGGCUCCCACAUAAUGAACUUCCUCAUCUCCUUCGUAGUCUUCCUCACAGCCCUCUUCUACCUGUUGAGUCUGAGUGGCAGCAGAUAUAAACCGAUGGAGUUUGUCGCCUCAAUCAUGCCAGCUGACCCGGCCGCUGUGGGAAUGGGCAAUGGGAACAACACCUCAGGAGGGUCCAAGAGUAUGAGUUCAAGUGUAGCGAGCAGCAAUACAUUUGCAGAGGCAGUGAACAGUGCAGUGAUGGGUGUGUUCGGGGCAUCCCUUAAACUAUCCUCCUUCUAUGGACUUCUCACUUAUGUCACCCACUCAGUGGCAGGAGUCAGACUGGUGUUUCUCCCGGCUGCAGUCGCAGCUCUGCUAGGCGCUGUUCCGGUAUUUGGAACGUAUCUGGCAGCUAUUCCGGCUGUGCUAGAAUUGUGGCUGCUGCAUGAUGAGUGGAUUGGAGCUCUCGUUCUGAUGAUUUUCCAUAUGCUCCCGACUUAUGGAGGAUUUGAUGCUGCUAUUUAUGCCCAAAUAUCAGGAGCUGGCCAUCCUUAUCUAACUGGUCUGGCAGUAGUGGGUGGAAUCUCAGUCAGGGGUCUGGAGGGUGCCAUCUUGGGACCCAUCCUCUUAUGCGUCCUCAUAGUAGUCUCAAACGUCUACUCCUCAGUCAUAGCCGGAAACACAUCGGAAAACAACGCAAACAAUGCCUCUUCCUCGGUUGAAUCGCCUUACGCUGAAUCUAUGUCUGUGUCAAAUGAGCGAAGAGCAACUAAACAUGCGGGCAAGUCGCUCAGGAGUCACUCGUUUAUGGGCAUGGAUGCCAAUGUGAACGAUCUCUCAAGUCAGGAUAUGGAAUAAAAAAUGGAAAUCAAAAUUUUGUUCUUGUCAAUCAUGAUGAACAGAUAUCAUCGCACAUAAAAAACUUAUCAAUCGUUCAGUUGUGACUUUAUGCUUUCUCCGUAAAUUUAGGGUAAAACUUAUGCAUAUGUGUUAAAUCAAACUAAAUGAGCUAAAAAAAAACGUUCUGGUUUCUUUUUGGGCGUUUUAAAACUGUUGAUAUUAAGGACAUCUAGUUAACACAUUAAAUGUUCUUAACCAAUAUUUCCUCGAUUUUGGUUUUGAUAUCCUAGAAGUCAGCUGUAAGCAAUAGCUAUGUGUGUCAAUGGGUUUAAAAUCAAUUCCGGUUAUCAGGCGCUCUAGUAAUGAUACCUAGAUUACCGGUAAUUUUUCAUGCAGUUUAUUCAAAAAUGAUUAAUUUUUAUUUUAAAUUCUAUUUGCGACAACCCUUCUUUGCCUGGGUGAAUUUAACACAUAUAGUGUUUCUAUAUUCUGGCGCUUAGCAAGCUAAUGUUUCUGCUGUGCUAGUUUCUCUGUUGUUUCGUGGAUUGUAUCCUCAAUUUAAUGUUAUUAACGGUCGGUUAAAUGCAGAUCCAGGAGAUCGAUAUAUUUUGAUUGAAUCAGAACUAACGUAAUUCUUUAUGCUGUCUCAAGUCUAGAUCUACUAAUUUAUCUGAAU